UAUUUUAAACCACCAACAAGGAAAUCUGAAGCCGAAAAAAAAAAAAUAAAAAGAUACGUGAUAUAUAAAAAAAAAACAACUUCGUAUAAUUAACUGUGUAUAACCAAUAUCGUUUCUUCAACAUUCUCUACAACAACAAGAAAAGAGCGCCAGCGAAACUGCAAGACAAAAAUGGAUCCGAAAAUCUUAACAUCACAACCACCACCACCAACAACAACAACACCACAAAAGUCUGUUGUGCUUUUUUUGUAUUAUUGUAUUAUGGAAGCUUUAAGAACAUUUGUUAAUGUAAAAAACAACAACAACAAAAACUACAACUGAAAAAAAGAAGAAAACCAAAAAAAAAAAAAAUAAUCAGCAACAACAAUUACAAUAUAUGAGACAAUAAAUUGGAAAAGGAGAGAAAAGAAUACCCCCUAGAACAACAACAACAACAGAAGAAGAAGAAGAAACUACAACAACUAUACUUGUAAAAAAAUAAACACAACUUAACUACAACAAAACGCACAAAAAUUGUAACUACAACAAAACAAUUUAAAAAAAAAUUCUCACAGAAGCAGCCAAUUUUUUUGCAAAACACCGCCAUCAAAAAAAAAUAAUAAAAAGCCAACAGCUGAUCACGACAAUGAAAAGCUUCAUUUUAGUUCAGUGUCUCUAGAUGUUUGUGUGUGUGUAUUUGUGUCUCACCUGCAAGAUUUUGUUAAAAAAAAAACAUUUUUUUCCAACUGAAAUCCAAAAGAAAAACACCAAAGAAAUUCCCAUCCACCACCUCAUAAUAUCCCAUCCUGAAAACAUGCAAUAACAAAAUAUAUCCAUGCACCCAAAAGUAUGCACCAUUUUUAAACAAGGAACGCAGCAAGCAAGAUAUUCACCAACAGAUCUAGCUACUCACCAAAAGCCAAAAAUCCCAACACACAAGUGAACCAGCACCAACACCAAUAACGAAACCAAAAGAGCACAGAGAUCUUGUUUUGCUCUACACCCCAACCACUCUCUCCUCUCUCACUCUGUGUGUGUGUGUGUGUCUGUGUAUUAUACACAAUCAGCAAGCAAGGCAAGACGAAAAACAAGUUUUGAUUUAUUACUUUAACUCAAGCAUAUCUCGAAUUUUAUUCACCACCAAAAAAAAAAAAAAAACAACACCCACCAACACCACCACCACCCUAGCAAACGUAGUUGCCAUACUGGGCCAAUUUAGCUGGCAGCCAAGUAAACCACAAAACAAUCCUCUUUCCAAAUCCAAUAAUUUUAACCUUUAGCCACCACAACCAUUACCACCAGCCGCCACUAGCCACCACAGACACCUGGAAUACCACCACCCCACCGCCUCUACCACCACAACCUUCAACAACAACAACAACACCAUUUUGUUUCCUGCUCAACGACGACAUAAAACGGCCGCACAAUUGCACACAACUACUAUCACAGAUAUCCGCAACGCUAUUACUACCGCAUGGAGCGUGGCAGCGGCGGUGGUGGCCAAUAUCAACACCAGCAACAGCCGCAGCAGCCACAGCCACACCACCAGCAGUCGUACUAUCACCCGCACGGACACGCCGCCACCUUCAUGACAGCCGCCUCCGACGAACACAUCGGCAAGUCGUCGUUCGAUAAUCCGGCCACCAAAAAGAAACCACCCAAACUGAAGGCCAUCAACCGCUCCAUCUCGAUGGCCAUAGACAACUACGAUGGUCCGGGGGGCGGGGGACCCGUGAUGCUGGACGACUCCUCGCUGAUUGUGGAACAGCCCAUCAUACACCGGUCGGCUUCGCCGGUUGCCUUACGCUCAGCGCCACCACCUCAAACACUGGCCCUGCCAUCGGGCGGUUUCGGCGGUGGUGGUGGCAGUGGCGCGGUAUCACCAGCUCUGUCUUCACGCAAACACCAUCAGCAUCACAGCUUCGCCCAGAUGGCCGCCCAGGCACGCCAGUUCAGCCAGCAGCAGUCCCACUCCAGCUCCACGAGUUCACCCAUUGGCCAUGGUGCGGUCAGUCCGCUGAUGGGCAGCAGUGGUAGGAUCGGUGGCGGCGGCGGUGGUGUUGGUGGUGAUGGGGGCGGUGGCGGCGGCGGUUAUCCAUCCACCGCUUCGCAUGCCUACCAACACCAACAUUCCCAACAUCAGCCCGACAUUUAUCUGGUUAGCAGUAGUAGCCUGGUGGACGAUGUGGGUGGGCGCAUGGGUGGCUCCUCGGCCUCGCCCAUUCAGUUCAUCGACGACUAUAUGUUGCCCCCCUCCUCACAUCGUCAGCAGCAGCAACAACAGCAGCAUGCCACACAUCCCUUGAAAAAAUCUCAAUUUCGUCGCUCUGACACAAUCGAUAUACAUCCGGCUUCUACUUUUCAGAUGAAGAAGACGCACUCGUUCCAUGCGCCGCACGAUCCCUCGGAGGCGAUCAUGGAUCCGCUGCUGCUGAGUGCGGGCCAGCCCACCUCUGCUUCGUCGUCGCGCCGCACCAGUUCGGUGAGGGGGAAUUUUCUGAUGCCCGGUCAUGCGGGCAGCAAAGAACUAAGUCGCUCGCCCUCUCCCAGCAGGCGGGGGGCGAAGUCGCAUCGUUCCCUGCACGAUCCCCAGCGCCGGCCCAGUGCCAAGCCGGAGUCGGUGGUGGACUCACAGAUACGACAUCCCUCGCUAAACGAUGAUCUGUUGGAGCCCAUCGAUGCCCGUACCGCUGGGUUGCUGGCGCCCACCAAUCUGUCGCUGGAAAAUGAACUCUUCAUCGAAUCACGCUCGCGCAGCAACAGCCACACGAAGAUGGAAGAUGUCGGCCUGGCCGAACGCAUAUCAAUGAGAAAGACAUCGGGCUCCUUUGAGGACCCCAGCACAGCACAUGGCGCAACGGUGGCCACCAGCUCACUAAAGAAACGCGAUCACUCGCACUCGGCACGACAACACAGCACCCACAGCCUGGAAUUGGACGGAAGACCCUCCACCUCGGCUGCAACAGCAGCGGCGGCGGCGGCCGCUGUCUCCGGCGGCACCCAUUCCACUUUGCAUUUACACAGUGCCGCUGCCGCCGCCACGGCAGCGUAUCACUUCAAGCGUGGCCGCGAACAUGGACGUUCGCUGUAUUUGUCUCCCAACAAUUUGGAGGAGGUCCAGGUCCACCAUCGUCCAGCGGUGCUGGCCGCAGCCGCCGCAUUUGGCGGCACCAAUGCCAGUGCGGCCAGCAGCAUCAAACAGGCCAAGGCUUUGCACAGUGCCAGCAUGCGUUUGCGCACUUAUCGCGAAUCGCUGAGCGCCACGAAAAAAUCGAAAAGCUUUAUUGGCGACAGUACCUACCCACCACCGCUGGUCAGUGUGUCCAACGAAUUUGUGGCCCUGACCUCACCCCACCGACGCAACAGUGGCCGAGCCCUGGCCAGUGCCACUACCUCAGGCGGAGCCGCAACUCUGGAAGAAAUAAAACGCAGUCCCAGACCGGUAUCGUUGGGAGCCUCCACAUCGCCGGCGGGGACCGUGACCACGGCCUUCAUGGAGGAGAAGAGGCCGUCGUUCGAACGCAAAUCCUCGAUGACCUAUGAACUGGGUGAUGCCGCCUUUGAACAGGUGUUGCGGCCAUUUCAUCACAAGGCCGCUGCCGGAAUUGGAACACGUAAAUGUCAUAUUCUCUCAUUCUCUUUUGCAGAUGAGGCCGACGAUGAAGAGGAAGCGGAUCGUAAACGUAAACGCAUUGUAUGCAUUGUUAUGACGGUGUUCCUUUGCUUGGUUUGUGCCGCCGUCUUUGUGGUCAUCAUGACGCUGACCCAUUCGUCGGGUCAGUCGCAUUAUGGCUCGCAUGGCCACCAUGGGCUAACGAAAAAGGUCAACACCUAUAAUCGGGAUGUGCCGGUUCAUUAUAAUGUUCGCCAAGAAAAUGAACGUUUAAUGAAGGAAACCAUGGACCGGGUUCGUUUUGGUAAGAAUUAUACGGAGGCUGCUUCUUCGCUGUUGGCGGCAACUACCUCAUCAUUGGUCUCGGCGGUGGCGGGUGCUGCCGGAGGAGCAGCGGCGGCAGCUGGCGGUGAGGGGCAUCAUGGUGAGGCCUAUGCCCAACCCUUGGUACCGGAGCCCAUGGCAUUGAUGCUGCCGCCCCAACACCAACAACAACCACACCAUAUGCCUCAUUUGCAACAAAUUCCAUAACAAACGGAACCAGUGCGGUGGACAUGACCGGCCAUCAAUGACAGCGCCUUAAAGCAACACCAGUGACAACAGUAGCAACAACAACACAACAAGCAGUAGUAAUUCUUAAUGACCAAAAGCAACAACAACAAACGAGAUGAUAUAAUGAAAUUAAUUUCUUUAAUGGAUAUAAAUGUUGACAUUGCACAAAAACCAAACUCAAAUGACGAUAAAGAUGACAGCGAUGACGACGAUGACGAUGACGAAGACGAAGACAAUGGCAAUGAUGAAAGACAACGGUAUAUCAUAACAGCAGUAGCAACAACAACAAUAAUAACAAGGCAGUUGUUAGCCAGUCAGUCAGCCAAUCCUGUUGUUGCCCGUCUUUGUGCCACAUUUCAAAAGGCAAGGAUGCUGGGCAAAAUUUAACAACAGCAUUGACAUCAGCCCUAAAGCUUUCGCAUACCAGCAAAAGAAAUGUACAAGAAGCAGAAGUAGAAGAAUAAGAAGAAACGAACACCUACAACAACAACAACAGCAGCAAUAAAUGAAAACGUGUUCUAUCUCAAUUUCACAGUAAAUGGCUAACUGUGGGUCCUGCUACCAGGCCAUGUGAGUAGGGUGGGGUUACAUAACCAGCCAGCCAACCAACCACCCUCUCACCCACCUUGAUGACCCAGCAGGCAUUCAUGUAAAAUAGUGUAACACAUGCUGACUGAAACAAACACAAAAAGCAAUAACAGUAAUCUACAUAUGUAUGUGUCAAAAUGUCAUUUGAGAGCAGCUUUUGCCACGUGAUUUGUUUUUUUUUUUUCAAAUUGGUAUUCAAGGACCAUGGUUCAUUUGUAAUGGGAUCUGCAUGGGUUCCAGCGGUCCAUCUUAU